UAAUAACGAGAAUAUGAAAAAUUCUUGAGCAUACUGUUGUGUUAGAAUUGACAGCUUCUACUAGCGCAAUAAACGGAAAACUCGUCAUACCAUCUUCAAAUAAAAUUAUCCUCGACAGAGCGAUUUGAUGUCAGUUCUAGUUUGAUUUUCGAAGUGAAAAGUCGGAAGGAAAAAGGAGGAAAAGCCUUACAUUGCUUUUGUUCUGAGUGAAAAUUAAAUUAGUUGGAUUAAUAUUACUCAAAGACAACCUUCGUUGGAUUACAUGGGAAUUAUUGGAUUCUAGUUCAAGGCAAAGAGGAAAAAUAAUUUACAAUAAAAGAAGAAACUUAAGUACGUCAUGGAUAGCAAUGAAUUUCGAAAGCGUGGAACUGAAAUGGUGGAGUACAUCUGUCAAUAUUUGGAAACGAUAGAAGAAAGAAGAGUAACUCCAUCAGUUGAACCGGGAUAUUUGCGAAGCUUGAUUCCAUCAGAAGCUCCUUUUAAACCCGAACCAUGGGAGCAAGUCAUGGAUGACGUGGAAAAUAAAAUUAUGCCUGGUGUUACACAUUGGCAACAUCCUCGCUUCCAUGCAUAUUUUCCGGCGGGAAAUUCAUUUCCAUCAAUAUUGGGAGACAUGUUGGGUGAUGCAAUUGGGUGUAUUGGAUUUUCAUGGGCUGCAAGUCCUGCAUGCACAGAGCUAGAGACAAUUGUUUUGGACUGGUUAGGCAAAGCAAUUGGACUCCCAGACGAUUUCUUAGCACUUAAAGAAGGCAGUAAAGGUGGUGGUGUAAUUCAAACAUCAGCUUCAGAAUGUGUGCUUGUUUCUAUGCUGGCUGCAAGGGCACAAGCAAUUAAGCAUUUGAAACAACUGCAUCCAAAUGUUGAAGAAACUCAGCUUUUGUCAAAAUUAAUGGCUUACUGCUCGAAAGAAGCUCACAGUUGUGUGGAAAAAGCUGCUAUGAUAAGCUUUGUAAAGUUAAGAAUUUUGGAACCUGACGAAAAAAGCAGUUUAAGGGGGGAAACUUUAACUAAAGCAAUGGAAGAAGAUGAAUUACAAGGGCUAGUUCCAUUUUUUGUAUCAACAACACUAGGCACAACUGGUGCUUGUGGAUUUGAUGCAUUAGAAGAAAUUGGAGUGGCUUUACAGAAAUUUCCGAAUGUAUGGCUACAUGUCGAUGCAGCAUAUGCUGGAAAUUCGUUCAUUUGUCCUGAAUUAAAGUAUUUGUUAAAGGGUAUUGAAUACGCAGACUCAUUUAACACUAAUUCAAACAAAUGGCUUUUGACAAAUUUUGAUUGUUCACUAUUAUGGGUACGUGACAGAAUUCGCUUAACGUCAGCUCUAGUCGUAGACCCGUUAUAUCUAAAGCAUGGAUAUUCUGACGCAGCGAUUGACUAUAGACAUUGGGGUGUUCCAUUAUCACGUCGAUUCCGUUCACUCAAACUUUGGUUUGUCUUGAGAAAUUACGGAAUUUCUGGCUUACAAGAAUACAUUCGACAUCAUAUUCGUUUAGCAAAGAAGUUUGAACAGCUUGUAUUAAAGGAUAAACGAUUUGAGGUUACCAACGAGGUUAAGCUUGGUCUAGUUUGCUUUCGAUUGAAAGGAUCUGAUAAAUUGAAUGAAAAACUUUUGAGCAUUAUUAAUGGAUCAGGAAAACUUCACAUGGUUCCAGCUUCUGUCAAUGAACAAUAUAUAAUACGAUUUUGUGUUGUUGCUCAAAAUUCUACUGAUGACGACAUUAAUUAUGCUUGGGAAACCAUAACUGACUUUGCAACAGAACUAUUAGAGAAAGAACAAGACGAUGAGUUUGUUGAAACGACUGAAGAUCCACGAAAGAAGCACACACUCGCUCAGAAACGAUCAUUCUUCGUUCGUAUGGUUAGCGAUCCAAAAAUCUACAACCCAGCUAUCAAUAAAACAGGAACACCCAGAAUUUCAAUGGAAAUUUCAUCACCAACAAAAGAUGGUAUUCCAGUUACAGUCCAAUCACCGCCACAUGAGUCAUCGUGGAUUUCAUGGCCGUUAGCUUUCUUAUUCAACAGUACAGACGAUGGUAAUAGUGGAAAGAAUGAUGUUAUGUUGCGAUUUCGUCAUUUGGAUGUCAAAAUGGGAUCAUCACGUCGAAAUUCUGCAACUGGAAAUUCAUCUCCGUCACCCGACGGUGAAAAUGGAAUAUUAAGUCUCAAAUCGCCAAAGAAAUCACCCCAAUUAAUGCGCAAACGUGGUACAUCACCAAAUAUAAGAGCAAAUGGAAAUUCGUCUUAAAUAACUUCAUUGCUUGAAAAAAAGAAAAAAAAAUAUAUUCUUUCUGCUUGAAAAAAUGAACGCCAAAUAUAGUCUGAUAGUUCACAUUUAAUGCUUUUCCCCCUUCUUAAUCUAUAGCUAUCAUACCGU